AUAUAUAUCACCCAACAAAUUAAGAAACAAAGGCCAUAAUGACCAGUGUACCAGUCCUGACCCAGAUGACUGUUUCGGUCACAGUCCCCUCAUGGACGACCGUUUCGGCAAACUAAACGAAGAGAGUGAUUUAAUGUACAAGCGCUGUGGUGCGCUUAACAAGAAAGAACACAGAGGCUGUGAUAGCCCGGAUCCUGAUGCCUCAUAUGUCCUCACCCCUCACACAGAAGAAAAAUAUAAAAAAAUUAAUGAAGAGUUUGAUAAUAUGAUGCGAAAUCAUAAAAUCCCGACGGCCUUGCCCCCGCAGAACUUCUCCAUGCAUGUGGCUGUGCCAGUGACGAACCCCAACGCCAUGUCCUACAACCCCGGGGCCUCUCUGAGCAGCCAGAGCCUGUUGGCCGCCGCUGCCUCUCUGAGUGAUGGUGCCAUGCUGUCUCCUCAGGGUUCCCUGCACAGAAACGUAGUGUCUGCCGGGCCCCCACAGAGGCCCCCCAGCACAGGCAGCGCAGCAGGAAACGGCUUUGUUAACCCGAGGGGCUCGCCGGGGCUUCUGGGCACACCCAGCGGGAACGGGCUUGGUAAAGUCAUGCCUGCGAAGUCACCGCCGCCACCGGGGGGCAACAUGGGCAUGGGUAGCCGCAAGCCAGACUUGAGAGUCGUCAUCCCCCCAUCCAGCAAGGGCAUGAUGCCACCCCUGCAGUCGGAGGAGGAAGAGAUGGAACUGGUGAACACCCAGAGGAUAAGCAGUUCCCAGUCGACCCAGCCUCUGGCCACACCGGUGGUCUCUGUCACCACCCCGAGUCUGCCACCACAAGGCCUGGUCUACUCAGGCAUGCCCACUGCCUACAACUCUGAAUACUCCCUGAGCAGUGCUGAGCUCUCCUCUCUGCAAGGCUUUGGCUCUCCAGGGCUCUCUAUAGGCUCAAUGUCGGCAUGGCAACAGCAUCAACUGGGCCAGGCAGCUCUCAGCUCGCUGGUAGGUGGCGGUCACUUACCUCAGGGCUCAAAUCUCUCCAUCAACACCAGCCAUAAUAUCAACAUUAAAUCCGAGCCCAUCUCUCCUCCACGCGAGCGCAUCACCCCGUCCGGCUUCCCACCCCAGCAGCAGCAGCAGCAGCAGCAGCAGCCUCUCUCUGGCCGUCACGACAUGGGCCGCUCGCCCGCCGACAGCCUCAGCUCCUCCUGCUCCUCCUAUGACGGAAGCGACCGAGAGGAUCACCGGCCCGAUUUCCACUCCCCACUCGGCCUGGGUCGACCCCCAGCCACCGGGGCCGGAGAGAGGGAGAGCCCCACGGUCAAGCGCAUGCGCAUGGACACCUGGGUGACAUAAAGCUGUCCCGGGCCUGACAGCCAGUCAGUCACAUGCAGGGCUGGGCAGGGGGAAAGGGAGAGAGGAGUGACAGCAGGGAGGGUCAUUAUUGUUAUUAUUCUAUUGUUAUAAUUUAACGUCAUUUCACUUUUUUUGGGAUGGGGAAAGAAAUCGAAAAUGUCCUGACAUAUCGAAAUUAAGCAGAUGAGUGGAGAGAGAGAAAGAGAAUCUCAAGUCAAGCAGUCAGAAUGAAUGGUGUACUCAAACAAACAGGUGUUAUCAGGUACUUGAUGCAAAUUGCAUUGCGCGAGAGUCCAAUGUAUGAAGAAAACAUUUUCGAUUAUUGUCGUCACUGGUGCAGUUUGACACUCGUAGCUGUUUUCGCUGUUGAUUUUGCAAACAAUCAAAGAAAGUUUAGGGGCGGCUUUCUGUCAGAAGGCUUCUGCCUGCUGGGCUCAUGUAUUAAACAACCUGUAUCUGCACUCGCCCUUAUAUGAAGUUUGUCACUUAUUAAUUUAAUUAAAGGUAUUUGAUGAUAGAUUUGGAUCAGUUUUACGGGGGAAGGCUUGUAUCUAAAAUGAGAUCACAUUUCACCUCAGUUAAGACAUUAAGUGAAAGAAAUGAAAAUGUCUCUAAAUUAAUAUCAAUAUGAAUUUUCAAUCCCUUUUAACAGCAUUUUUAACAAAUGGGAAAAGAACAGGUAGCCCAGUUGAUUUAAAGACGAUAGCAAGCCAUUGUACAUUCAUGCAGCUCCAACAACUCAAUGGUAACGCAAGCCAAAGCCUCUAUGUAAUUUUCUCGUACUGUAGGUUGGGAAUUUUCAGCAUUUCUCUCUCGAUGUUUGUUUCAUAUUAGUUCUGUCAUAGUGUGCGUUGUUACAAACAUUGGAAAACGAUUAACAUGCAAAGCAGAUCUUGAAACGAUAUCUAAAGCCAUGAACACUUGCUGUUCUGUUUGUAAAUUAAAGAUUUGAGCCAAACCUUUUUUUCUUUUGUUAUGUACAUAGCAACUUUAAUAUAUAUCACUUUUGGUGUAAGUACGUAUGUAUUGUACCUUCACCGGAUUCAAGAAAAAAGUAUAUUUUUGUGGAUUACUGCCAAGUUUACAAGGCGAGAUCCUUAUUAAGUAGAGUAUUCACUGGUUAAUAUUUACUAUUUUGUUAACUAUACUGUACUUUCUUCAAGUCUGACUAUUAUUGGUAAUAUUCAAAGUGUUUUUUUUCCCCAAGAAGAUCGUUUUUGGGU